CCGGCGCGCCUGGUGCGCGUGUCGAGCUGUGCGGCUGGGUUUCCGGUCCCGGAAAUUUCGGCGCGUGGAGAGGCGCGUUGGCUGGCCGUGCGGACUAACCAUGCGGCCUGGUUUUAGCCCUCGUGGAGGACGUGGGGAUCGUGGCGGCCGGGGAGGCUUCCGAGGAGGCCGAGGUAGCCCUCGUGGAGGACGUGGGGAUCGUGGCGGCCGGGGAGGCUUCCGAGGAGGCCGAGGAGGUGGAUUUAAGUCUCCUGGUGGUGGUGGAGGAGGAGGAGGUUUCCGUGGUGGCUUCCGAGGUGGGCGAGGAGGCGGUGGAGGUCGUGGUCGUGGAGGUGGUGGACGAGGAGGAAGGGGUGGCUUCAGAGGAGGCAAAAAGGUGACAGUAGAGCCUCACAGACAUGAAGGUGUCUUCAUCUGUAGAGGAAAGGAAGAUGCACUGGUCACACGGAACCUAGUCCCUGGAGAGUCUGUCUAUGGAGAAAAGAGAAUUUCUGUGGAGGACAGUGAACAAAAGGUGGAAUACCGUGCCUGGAAUCCCUUCCGCUCCAAACUGGCAGCUGCCAUUCUUGGGGGCAUCGAUCAGAUCCACAUCAAGCCGGGUGCCAAAGUGUUGUACCUGGGAGCGGCUUCAGGGACGACGGUGUCUCAUGUUUCCGACAUAGUUGGACCAGAAGGCCUUGUGUACGCUGUGGAGUUCUCUCAUCGCUCAGGUCGCGACCUCAUUAAUGUAGCAAAGAAACGGACCAACAUUAUCCCUGUAAUUGAAGAUGCACGGCACCCACACAAAUACCGCAUGUUAAUUGGCAUGGUGGAUGUGAUAUUUGCAGAUGUGGCUCAGCCUGACCAGUCACGUAUUGUGGCUUUAAAUGCUCACAACUUCUUGAAGAAUGGUGGCCAUUUUGUCAUCUCCAUAAAGGCUAACUGCAUUGACUCAACAGCAGCCCCUGAAGCAGUCUUUGCAUCAGAGGUGAAGAAGAUGCAGCAGGAGAAUAUGAAACCACAAGAACAAUUGACUUUGGAGCCCUAUGAGCGAGAUCAUGCUGUGGUUGUUGGCAUUUACAGACCACCACCCAAACAGAAGAAAUGAUGGGUGCAAGCGGUUUCAAUCCACUGUGACAACGCUUCUGGUCAGAGUGGCUCCCCUUGCCACUUUCCGAGACAGGACUUUUUCUCCAGACUGGGCCUCAACUAGCAGAGGGCCAAGCAUUCACUCAAAGAUGCUGUUUAGCAUUGGUGUUCUCUGACAUUUUCAAAUGUGUAUUUUUUUAAAUUAAAAUAUGUAAAACAGAGAUACUUGUUUUGGUUGUGGACUUAGGGAGGAGAAGGCUAUGUGAAUAAAAUUAGUCAAGGAUACUUA